CUCUUGCUUCUCAAGCACAGAACUCUCAAGUGAAACCUUGUGGCUGAUAGGAGCUGAAACGAAAAGCCACACGGUUAGACUUCCCAGCUGUAAAAAUACUUCGAAACCGUCCGGAUUUGUCACAGAAUAGAAUGUCUUCACUUCUCAAGGUGGACAAUGAGAUCAAAACCAAGGUUGAUGCUUUCAGGGAACGGAUCACAGGAGAGGCAGAAGAUUUGGUUGCAAAUUUUUUCCCGAAGAAGUUAUUAGAACUCGAUCAUUUCCUCAAGGACCCGAUCUUAAACAUCCAUGAGCUGAAAGAUAUCCACUCAGAGAUCAACUUGACAGUGCCGGACCCUAUUCUUCUCACGAACAGCCAUGAUGGGCUGGAGGGGCAAAAUGCCAAGAAGAGGAAGCUGGAAGAUGCUGCAAGUGAGGACAAUUGUCAAGUUGCUGGCACAAAGGUCUUCGUCAUGCCAGGUGGGAUGAUGAAGAGCAACAACAAGCUGGUGGACCUUAUUGAGAAAGUCAAGCCGGAGAUCAGGACGCUGAUCGAGAAAUGCAACACGGUCAAAAUGUGGGUCCAGUUGCUAAUCCCAAGAAUAGAAGACGGCAACAACUUUGGUGUUUCAAUUCAGGAGGAGACAGUAGCAGAGCUAAGGACAGUGGAAGGGGAAGCGGCGUCUUACCUGGACCAGAUAUCUAGAUACUACAUCACAAGGGCAAAACUGGUUUCCAAAAUUGCCAAGUACCCACAUGUGGAGGACUAUCGGCGCACAGUGACUGAGAUUGACGAGAAAGAAUACAUUAGCCUGAAGAUCAUCGUUUCAGAGCUGAGGAAUCAAUACGUCACGUUACACGACAUGAUUCUGAAGAACAUCGAGAAGAUCAAGAGGCCGCGGAGCAGCAAUGCCGACGCGCUGUACUAGGACCCCCAGGAAACGUCUCAUCCACUCCCAUUCCAGCCCCAGCGCCCCCACCCUCCCCCUCCCCCUCCACAGUGCUGUCUACAUGGCUGGAGCCCUGGUUCGGUUCUGGUGAAGCGGACUGCUACGACCGGGUCAAAAUGGACCGUCAUGUGACAAAACCACAUGAAAUAAUAAAGCUUUUUAUGUUAGUAUUUCAAAGUUUAUCGCCAUUUUAAACCUCAUUGAGGAUACUUCAAGUUCCAAGUGGCAGAGCAGGCCUUAUUCUGGCCCAAUGCAAGGUAAAUGUUAAAUUGCAUCCCCCAGAGAAGUUCUCUCACAAAAAAAAAGACCAUUUUUUGAUUUGUGAAACAAUACUAACAAUGAAGUUAAGUCUAAAUGCUGGAUUUUCCUCUAUUUUUGGUCAAGCAGGCUUGAAUCAGACAGAAUUUAUCAGUUUAUCUCCUGCAUUGCAGAGGUCAGAAGCACGUAGGGCAGUUUACUGCAUUUCGUCAGACUGAUCCUGUUGACAUUUUACUCUCUUUGGUUGGCAGUCUGCGAAGGGACAUAGCUAUUCAAUUUUCUUUGAGAGAGAGAGAGAAUUUUUAAAGUCCAUUUAGCUCUUAGUUAAUGAAACAUGCAGUGUUCUCGUUUUGUUUUCCAUUGUCCUUUGGUGUUUGUGCGUGUUUUGACUGACAUUUGAUGUCUAGUACAAUUCUCAAAUAAGGAAAACUUCCAGAAAGAAAAGGUAAAUGAAACUCCUGUUUUGAGCAAUCAUUAACUUGAAUGUAAGGCCGAAGUUUGUGGCUGCGUUGGGACAAUGUGAUGUGUGAAGGAAAGGAAAUGCCAAAUGUUAGGAACCACAAUUGGGUUAGAAUUAAAUGGUGGUGAGAUUUUGAUCUCGCUUCUGGAAAAGUCCGUUUUUUUUUCCUCCCUCCCAUUACUUACUCCCACAUUCACGGCAACAUUCAUUCCCUAAAAGAAGCUGCAUUGUUAAGGUCCUCAAAAGCAUGUGUUUUGUUCACAUAACUAUUAUUUUACUGAAUAAAAUAUUAUUUUUAAAAUCAUUUGUAAAUUUAAUCCUCCCACCCAAAAAGUUCUUAUUUUAUUGUGGUCAAGGUGAAGGAGAUAAAGAAGCGUCCAGCUUCAUUGGAGUGCCCAAACUUGACCAGUGAAUCAUGUGCACAUCACCAAGAAUUAGAUAAGUUUGCUCACUCGAGGGGAAAAAGUCUCUGUCCAUACAUAAUUGUUGCCUUAAAGGGCAAGUUAUUCAGGAGCAGAACCAUGUACGAAGUCUGUUUACAUAAUGACAUCUGUAUACAUUUUUAUUUAAUGAGCAUUUUACAGUCUUGUCACUGAAAUGGUCAUUCCAGAGACACUCUUUUCUGAACUCUCCCACACUGUCAGACUGGGUUCAAUAUGAAUUUUUUUUUUUUUUUUAAUGAGUCAAUGACAUUCAUGUAAUAUGAAGAGGUAAAAGGAAUGGGUCUUUGCUGAAAUGGUAAACAGUUUCCCUCCUCUAGAUCUGUGCAAUUCAUAUUCAUAUUCCCCUGUGUGCAGAUAUUUUAAAACUACUCAAUUGUGUGUCUGUGGUGAGCUGUUCCCAGCUUUCCACCCGUUUCAGGCUGUGCGUUCUUGGCUGACUGCCAUUCCGAUCUAUGAUGGUUCAGGUUAUUCAUUUCCCUUGCAAUACCUAACAUUACAAUUUGAUGAUAAUAUAGAACAUUAUCUUGGGCGUCUCUUGACAGACUUGGCUAAGGAAUGAAUUUGUACGGUUUCUAGAAAUGGGAACGGUUUCUAGGUUUCCUGAACGGCAGAAUGGGGGAAACUGAUCUGAUAGACACUGAAUUAUUGACUGGGUUAAGAGCGUUUGGUUCAGGUUGGGUCACUGAAAUGCGUGAUCUUAGCUCUACCAGUAUACUGGUUCUCAAAGCCUCAUUUUAAAAUUAGCGGUAGCUCUGAGUCUCAAGAAAACUCAUCAUCUCCCGAUAAUUUAUUCACUUUCAAGGUGGUCAUGCUGGCGAAAUGCGAACAUUUAGAAUUCAGAAUCAUUGUUUCCAUUUCAUAUUUCUGACAUACUGUGUAUUUAUUUUCAUUGCCAUUUGACUUUCAGUUACUGGUUUAGUGGUGGAAAGGCAAUUGCAUGAUCAGUAGCCUAAAAAUGAAAGAAUGUAAUGAAUUCAGGAUUACCGGUUUCUGAAUAAUACUUGGGGUCCUGGGAAACACACUAAAAGUACUGACAGCAUGGGCACCCCCUUUGCAGAGUUCUUUUUAUCUGUCUUUGAAUGGACUGCACCAGGCAAGCUAUGUAUGAGAAUUUAAAUCUGUUAAAGAAAGAUGAGUUAUGUAAGCUGUUGCCCGGAGUAAUGAAAAUCGUUUUGUGCUAAACGUGUAUUUUGCCCAGAGAUUGGAGAAAAAAAAAAUGUCUCAACUGGA